UUUUCAUUGUCAACAUGGCAGAAGCUUUCAUUACGGCCAUUAAUUCGGCAAGUGAAGAAGCAAAUUCUCCUAAAGCUACUCCGUCUCGCUCUGAUAAUAAAAACGAGAAAUCGUCAGGUAAACAGACCGGAAGUCGUAAAAAGACGACAAGUAAGUCUCGUAAAGCUAGCAGCACGUGUGCUAAAGAAGUAUCAGAGGAACCGGAGACAUUGUCAACAACAGGUUUGUCUGUAAACAUAGAAAAUGAAUUGAGGGCAGAAAUUUCUAGUGUCAAAGAGACCGUUAAUUCGGUGAAUUCUCGAAUGGACAUUUUUCUACCUCUUUUCGAGAAGUUCGUUUCACAAACUGUCACUUCAGGUGGACAAAUAGAAACGGACAGAGAAAUUGCCACUUCAGGUGGGCAGAACAUUUCUCAGGACUCGAGGGACAUUGCCACGUCAGGUGGGCAAAAUUCUCUCAGACAUGCUAGUGUUGCAAAUCAUGAUAAUGACAUUGAUGAUGCAAUUUCCCUUCAACCGGAUAGAGACGAAAGAAGGGGUCUUGAUUUAGAUUUAGAUUCUGAUAAUGAAUCCCAACAUUCUUCUGUGAAAAACAGUUCACACAACCGUUUUCAGAGAUAUUCGGUAGUUGAUAAGGACUCUCUUGAUACUGAAAAUGUCAGUAGAGAUAUCCUUGGUGACAUUUUUGGUGAAGAUGCCAAAACUAAACCAGACAAAUCUGAAGCUGGUAUUGUUCUGGAUCAAAGUCAGAUUAAUAUUUUGAAUCAAUCAUGGCACUGUGAUAAUCCUUUAUUAUUGUCAACUUAUAAAGAGGAAUAUAGGGCUAGUUUUCCAGUGAGUGAUAAAUCAGCUGAUAUUCUUAACUUACCAAAACUAGAUGACAUUACUCAAACUUUACUGUGUAAACGACAUGGUCCUAAUGCUGGUAAAGCUCAUAAUAAACUUUUUUCUAAACCUGAGAAAAUUUUUGAAAAUAUGGCUUUCAAAGGUCAGUCAGCAGCUAGAAUGGGUUUGAUUAUUACGGCAUACAUGCAACAAGCCUUAGGUUCAUUAAUGGAAAAACUCAAUGAUUCUGAACCAAAUAUUGAUUUACUUGUACAAAUGGUCAAGGAUAUUUUUGCCAUGUCAGUGAAAUCUAUGGAUCAAACGGCUAGAACAGGUGCAUUUCAUCAUCUGAUCCGUAGGAAAGCCACUUUGUUAGAUACAGGUCUAGAGGACAUAACAGAGCUUAAUGAUAAGUUUUUAUCUCUUAAAUUGUCAAGUGAUGGUGUUCUUGGGAAAGAUUUUGAAGAGAAACUGAAAAAUCGUUCUGAGACAAACAAACAAAUCAAAGAUUUACUACCAGAGUUAACUCGUAAAUCAGCUACCUCAACUUCAAGUUUUAAGAGGAAGAGUGCUAUCAUUCAUACUAGCCAAGACACUAAUGGUCCUAAAGUAGCUAAAAAUGACUUUUCCAAUUUUCGCAUUCCUAAGGUAGCAGCUAAACCUAGUGAAAACAAAGGUGGAUUUAAACCUAAUUUCAGACGCUUUGGUUCUGGUAGAAAAGAGGCUGAUGGUGAAAAGAAAGGUUCUUUUCGUGGCAAUGGUAGAUCUAAAUGACUACAAAAAGCAGGAGAUGCAGUGACUUACAAUCUUUGUGUAUUGGAGAAGAGUCGAUUGUUGUGCAGAAGAAAGGGGUAACUUUUGUUCGUCAUGGACUAUCAAAACAGGAUAGACCAAAACAUUUUGGCAGCAAGAUUUUUAUUCCGUCUUAUCAAUCAGAUAAAUUAUUAGAUCCGAAGCGGUCUAUUUAUUAUUAUUUGAAGAAAACUGCACCUUUUAGAAACUCUGACAGUGAGUUUGAGAUCAAGUUGUUUUUAUCUUUUAUUGAACCGCAUAAACCGGUUACAUCACAGACUAUUUCGUCUUGGAUUGUUAAUGCAAUUAAAUGUGCUUACAAUGAAAAAGACAAAAAAUUUCGUGCUCAUUCUACAAGAGCCUUGGGCCCAUCUUGGGCACUUUUUAACGGCGCAUCUGUGAAGUCUAUUAUGGACACAGCAGACUGGACAAAGGAAUCAACCUUUACUCGUUUUUAUUUACGUCACAUAGAUGUUGAAGUUUUAAAUUCUGUGUAAAUAAGAAUUUUGUAUAUAUAUGGAAGAAAAUUCUGAAAAAAGAAAAA